AUGCUGCCAUUGGUGCGCACUCGGAAUAAACGAUGGCUUCUGCUGCUGCUCUUUGCCACCGCCGCGAGGUGCCAAGCACCGGCGGGUCGUCCCAAGGCCAACUCCAUCAAGCCGGGUCUACUCGCGGGUGGUGGGGAUGAGCGGGGGUCCACAGCCGCCCCCGAGCGCACGGCUCACGCGCACGCAGGCACCGUUAAGAAGUUCAACAUCUUUACGCAGCAGGUGUAUCCGUGCAGCAACGACAAGGAGUGCAGCGUGGGAAGUUACUGCCACACCCCCCAGCAGCCGCCCUCGCGCUGCCUCGCCUGCCGCAGGAGGAAGAAGCGCUGCCACCGGGACGCCAUGUGCUGCCCUGGCAACCGUUGCCAUAACUUUAUUUGCACGGCUAUCUCUGAGAGUGUGAUCUCACCUCACAUCUCCGCCUUGGACAAACACAGCAAGCUCUCCUACAAAGACCAGAGCUGGAGGAAAAGCACAGGGAAAACACAUACCAAGCAUUUUCUAAAAGGCCAUGAAGGUGACCCUUGCUUGCGUACUUCAGACUGUUCCGCGGGUUACUGCUGUGCCCGCCACUUCUGGACCAAAAUCUGUAAGCCGGUGCUGCGACUGGGCGAGGUCUGCACCAAGCAGCGGAAGAAAGGCUCACACAACCUAGAGAUCUUCCAGCGCUGCGACUGCGCUAAAGGCCUCUCGUGCAAGGUGUGGAAAGACACGACCUCAUCGUCCAAGUCCAGACUGCACAUGUGCCAGAAGAUCUGA